UUGGAAGAAAAAACGCUGUUUGGAUUAAUUAAAACAAGCCAGAUUUAAGGCAAAAAAUUGUACUUUGUUUGAGUGUGGUUGUCUUGAAAGAAAAUAGGCAGAUUCUUAACUGUUAAAGCUUCCUGAUAAAUAGCAUGGCUGAAGUAUGAUCCUAGAAACGUAAUUGUGACCAAUCUUUGAAUGUGUGGGAACACAAGGCAAAUUUGAUCAUUGCCUGAAGACGAAGUCAGCAUCUUCAAAGUAGGAAGUACCUGAAGAGAUACAAGUGAAAGAUUGAAAAUAGCAGAUUUUUGUAUAACAUGUGUUGAUCCACCUUUAAUUUGACAAUUAAAAACAAAUUGUUGGUUUAUGUAGGUGGAGCUGCUGGUUUUGCUUCAUGUUUUAGAUGUACCCAAUCACUCAAUUGAAAUAAUAUAAUCAGACCUUCUGAGAUUUGUAUUACUAAGAAAUUAGUUGAAGGAGAUGAACUAAAUAUUUUUUUCCUUCUUUCAGCUUAAUGUUUAUAUAGACAGUGGAUUGUUAACAAAAUGGUGCAGAUCUGCAUAACUGUCUAAGUUGUGGUUCUGAAGAGAACAGAUUUUCAGUAAUGACGAUUUGGUAUUUGUACAAACCUAUAAAUAAGCUGAUUCAUCAUUGCUUGGAAGAAGAACCUAAAUCUCAAUUGCCUAAUACUCUACCAUGUACUGUAAUUUGUCACAUCACAGUGGUUGUAACUUGCAUUUAUUUGCAUCACCAGCCACUCUUUGCAUCGGCGGGCCAGCCUCACCUUGGUGCCAACUCGGUGCCAAUGCAGUCAUGCUCGAUAACAUCUCCCUUGUCAACGCUAGUGUUUUCAUUUUGUCACCAAUGUACAGUACAGUCUUCCGGCGAGUAUGGCUGUCUCGGAGACCAGCCAAGUCCCAGCUCUCCUUUCAGCACUAAUGAGCCACCUGGAGACCGCUCCCCCCGUCGCAGGAGCAUAUCAGGGCCAGGAUCAUCCGAUAAAGCAAAUGGGAUGGAAGACUCCACAUCCCCUUUCAAGGGAUUUUUCAGUAAAAGGUUAAAAGGCUCUAUCAAACGAACCAAGAGCCAGCCAAAGCUCGACCGCAACACCAGCUUCCGUCAGAUACUACCAUCAUUGAGAAACUCAGAGAGUGAACGGUCUCGUGCUUUACCAAAAUUGAAAGAAUCACGUUCCCAUGAAUCGCUGCUGAGUCCUGGCAGUGCAAUUGAGACUUUGGAAUUAAGCAUGGAGCAGGAUGUCUUCAUUAAACCUUUGCACGGUAGUAUCCUGGGGCAAGACUUCUGCUUUGAGGUUUCAUACACGGGAGGGAGUAAAUGCUUCAGCUGUUCAUCUGUGGCAGAGAGAGAUAAGUGGAUGGAGAACCUUCGGAGAACAGUGCAACCAAACAAGGACAACUGUCGUCGUGCAGAAAAUGUACUCCGCCUGUGGAUUAUUGAAGCAAAGGACUUGGCCCCUAAAAAGAGAUACUUCUGUGAAUUGUGUCUGGAUGACACACUUUAUGCACGAACUACCAGUAAAAUGAAAGCAGAUAACCUGUUUUGGGGUGAGCACUUUGAAUUUUACACUUUGCCAAUGGUCAGAAACAUCACUGUGCAUAUUUACAAGGAUAUGGACAAGAAGAAAAAGAAAGAUAAGAAUAAUUAUGUGGGACUGAUCAAUAUUCCGAUCACCAGUGUCACUGGACGACAGUUCAUAGAGAAAUGGUACCCUGUCAGCACACCAAAUUCCAACAAGGGCAAAGGAGGAAGUCCUUGUAUUCGCAUUAAAUGCCGCUAUCAGACAAUUGCCAUUCUUCCCAUGGAACAGUAUAAGGAGUUUGCAGAGUUUGUCACCAAUAACUACACCAUGUUGUGCUCUGUUUUGGAGCCUGUUAUCAGUGUGAAGAACAAAGAAGAGAUGGCCUGUGCUCUUGUUCACAUCUUGCAAAGUACUGGCCGUGCAAAGGAUUUCCUUACGGACUUGGUGAUGUCUGAGGUGGAUCGAUGUGGGGAACAUGAUGUUCUCCUCUUCAGGGAAAAUACCUUAGCAACAAAAGCCAUAGAGGAGUAUUUGAAGCUUGUUGGCCAGAAGUAUCUCCACGAUGCCUUAGGUGAGUUCAUUAAGGCACUUUAUGAAUCAGAUGAAAAUUGCGAGGUGGACCAGAGUAAGUGUUCAUCCAGUGAACUGCCAGAACAUCAGAGUAAUCUCAAGAUGUGCUGUGAAUUGGCCUUCUGCAAGAUUAUCAACUCCUACUGUGUGUUUCCGCGGGAACUUAAAGAAGUCUUUGCCUCGUGGAAGCAGCAAUGUUUAAUCCGUGGGAAGCACGAAACCAGUGAGCGGCUGAUCAGUGCCUCACUCUUCCUGCGAUUCCUCUGCCCUGCAAUUAUGUCUCCCAGCCUCUUUGGCCUGAUGCAGGAGUAUCCAGAUGAUCGCACGUCUCGCACCCUCACCCUCAUCGCCAAAGUCAUCCAGAAUCUUGCCAAUUUUACCAAGUUUGGGAACAAAGAAGAAUACAUGGCAUUUAUGAAUGAUUUUCUGGAACAUGAGUGGAGUGGGAUGAAACGUUUUCUGGUGGAAAUCUCAAACCCAGACACGAUAUCCAACACACCAGGAUUUGAAGGAUAUAUUGAUCUGGGUCGUGAGCUCUCUGUCCUGCACUCUCUGCUCUGGGAAGUGGUGUCACAACUUGACAAGGGUGAAAAUUCAUUUCUACAGGCAACAGUAGCGAAGCUUGGCCCUCUCCCACGCAUACUCGGCGAUAUUACCAAAUCACUAACUAGCCCCACACCAAUCCAGCAGCAGGUCCGUCGAUUUGGAGAGCACGUCAGUUCUUCCCCAAAUGUGAGUGGCAGUGUGUCGUCUGGACUGCAGCGGAUAUUCGAGGAUCCCAGUGACAGCGACGUUCAGAAAUUGCAGUCUCCAACUCAAGAGAACAUUGAAGCAUUUUUCCAUAGCAAGCCGCACUUUCCAGCUCAGCCAGCCUCCACACACAGCAUGACUUACUCUGACAAGGAUGAAGAAGAGUCCACCCUGCAUAACGGCAGGAGUGUAUCACUUGUAGAUCUGCAGAGCACUGCCGUGACUCAAGGGGCGAGUAGCGUUCCGGUUAUCCCCAGUGUUCCUGCACGCCACCCUGGCAGCCAGACCUCAAUUACACACACAGCAAACACCAAGCAGCCGCGGGAGGUGCAGAGCGGGGCGCAGAGUGUCCCUCAGAUCCGCAGGCCUCUUCAUCCAGCUCUGAGCCAACAGAGCAGCCUUCAACCUCUGUCCUUCCAAAACCCCGUUUACCAACUGAAUAACCCCCCAGCAGGAGGCAGUAAAGCUGGCAUGGACUCUAGUUCUGAGAACCUGAGUUCCACCAGCUCCCGGAGCCACACUAACAGUGAAGAGCUGAUCAGCAAGCUGAGUGGCCCCAGUAACAGUAGCAUUGAGGAUUUUGCCAAACGCAGUAUCUAUAGCGAAGACUACUCCAAACGACACACCAUGCCGGACAGGAGCAAUCUCCCAGUAGCGUUGCCCCGGCAGAAUUGCAUGGGACAUUCACAGCUCCGCAGGACAGAGCUGUCCGGGUCCAGCGGACGAGUGAAAGCAUCACAUUCGUUACCACUUAGUCCAUCGCAGAAAAGCACAGGCAGCAUGACCGGAUUACCAUCGACAUCACCUGAGCCACCGCACAGCGAAAACCGGUCACGGCAGCCAUCAACAUCAUCAAAAGGGGAAAGCCCUGUGCCCAAAGUGCGGGCAGUACAUAAACAGCAGCAAACACACCAGGUUCAGUCACCGGUAGAGACUGCCACCAUGUCCCCAGUGGAGAGAACAGCUGCCUGGGUGCUGAACAAUGGACAGUACUUAGAGGACGACGAGACUGACCAGAUCCGUGAGGAGGGUAAACACGCAGAGAAGUAUGAGCAGGAGAUCACAAAGCUCAAGGAUCGGCUAAAAGUCUCAAGCAGGCGGCUGGAGGAAUACGAGCGGCGUCUGCUUGCCCAGGAGCAGCAAAUGCAGAAGCUGCUGCUUGAGUACAAGUCCAGGUUGGAAGACAGUGAGGAGAAGUUGCGGCGGCAGCAGGAGGAGAAGGACAGUCAAAUGAAAACGAUCAUCAGCAGACUGAUGGCAGUGGAAGAAGAAUUGAGGAAAGACCACUCAGAAAUGCAGGCAGUAAUUGAUACCAAACAGAAGAUUAUUGAAGCCCAAGUCAAUUGUGAGGAUGGGAUGAGCAUAACAGGAGAAACGAAUCAUCACCCUGGAUUCUGCCAACUCUCGGCUGAUGAACGCUCUAACACAGGUCAAGGAACGUUACAGCAUGCAAACUCGCAAUGGGAUCUCCCCCACCAACCCCACCAAGCUGUCAAUAACAGAGAACGGCGAGUUCAAGAACAGCAGCUGCUGAGGGAGAAUCUGGAUGUUUCUGGCCAGACUCACAUGGACUUAGCUUUCUGAAUUCACUCUUGAUUUAUUCACAGGUGCUGCUAAGACUGUUUUUUUAAUGCUUUGGAUUGUAAGAGAUUAAUGGGACAAUGCCUAAUACACUAUGUGCACUCUGCAGAAGUCUUACUCCACUGUGGAAACUGUAUGAAACUUGUACAGAAAUGAACUGUAAGAUUGUAUUGGGGUAAAUAAUUGUAGAAUUUAAAGCGACUUUUUUAAUUAUUUCUGCCAGAAUUCCUGCUCUGGAAGAUGUUCCAAAGAAAAAGAGUAGAGAAUGGAACAAUUAUUUUACAAGAGUGGAAUUUUCAAUGUUGUGUAUUUUCAAGUUUAAAUUCCUUGGCUAGAGGGUGUAUAUAUCUAACUAAGAAGCACAUAGAGUGAAGAUAGUCUGUAAACAA